CUUUCCCGUGCCUUUUUUUUUUCUCUUUUUUAUAUACUUUUUGGUUCUACUUAUGAAAAAGCUUUUUGGUAGCAAGAAAAAGAAAAAGACCAAGGCAGCGUCGUUUAUUAGUGCUGACUCUGAUUAUCAAGUCAAUGAUAUUGUCCCAAGGAAGCUGAAAAUAUCACAAUCGACAGGUCAACCACGAAAACUUGCGUUGAAUGAUGUAACCAAUAACGACAAUAACAACAAUAAAGUUUUAGUGAAAACAACAAUACAAACUCAACCUGCUGUGGCCAAAAGAGUUAAUCGACCCACAAGUUCUCCACCAGCUUUGGUUAUGCCGCGACCUCGUUAUGCCGAACCUCCUACUCGAGCUGUCCUUCGAAGCUACGAUCAUGAAAAAACACAACUGGAUCCUGAUCUACUUUGUCUUUCCACUGAAAAUGAUCAACCUGAUAUAUCUGACGAAGAAGAUGAAUUGUUUACAACUGUGGCUGUUCCUUCACAACGACGACAAGGUCAAAGAAUGUUCCCUACUGCAACCAGUUCUGCUCCCGUUCCAACAAAACCACGCAAGACGUCCCCCGUCACCACUCAACAUGAUACUCGACCUUCCAAUAGGAGCCAAAAAUCAGUCGAUGGAGCUAUGGAAGUGAUUAUUGCGAAAAAACAUGAAUCCAUGAAUUCUAUUACUGGAAGUGAUGAUUCGAAUAGAGUGUAUGAAUCUGCUCUUGAAUCACCCAUGGCAUCAACAUCAACUAUUUUGGAAAACAACGGUAUCAGUAAUGGACUUCGACAACAACAACAAAUACAACGUCAUUCUUCACCUGAAAACAUCAACAAAACACUUAUUCCUACUUUAUUACCACAAACUGCAUCCGAUUCAUCAGAAACUGUGACACCAGCUGGAUCCACUAGUCAACACCAGCGCAACCUUGGUCCUGAAGUUAUCGUCAACUCUGUGAGUAGUUUUGAUGUCUCCAAGUCAACACCAUCCAAUGUUAUUAUUCCUCUCUCUGAUUCGGUUACAACAACUACUCAACACCAUUCAUCCAUUUCUCCACAAAAUAUGUAUGACACUGAUUCAAUGACACAAGAAAUUCUACAAAGCGAUGAUUUAGAAUUACUUCAACAACAAGUCAAACUGAUUCAACAACAAAGGGAAAUGGAUCGUGCGGAAUAUGAACGUUUGGAACAAAUACACAAGGAACGAACUAAAUGGAUGAAGGCUGAAAUUGAUCGUACACAAACUAGACUAUUACAAUUAACCGCUGCCAAACGGGAUUACGGAACUUCUUACAAUAAUCAUGAUGCCAACGCAUCAUCUCAAGAAGCACACCAUCUACCUUCAAUAGAUCAGCAACAUGCAACUGAACAGCAACCGACAAGUGCUCACGUUGAUUUAUCAUCUGGUGUCGAAGAACAACAGGAUAUAACAGAUCCACUUUACCACCAACAGCAACAGCAACAGCAACAGCAACAACAGGAACGACAUCCAUCUUCAUGCAACAGUACUCCAUCAAAACUGCAAAGAUCAAAGUCUGGUAAUGACAAUUUAUCUCGUCUAUCUCGUUCAUCAUCGAAAAACUCUACUGGUGAUAGCAUGCAUUCACAACGUUCAAGAGGGAUCAUGGAUGAAAGACAACAACAAUCUAAACAACAAGCGUAUCAGCAACCGUCGACUAUGCAUGCUUCAGAUACUACAACAAUGGAUUACUUGCCUACCGAACAAUCUGGUUACAUGAAUGGAAGAAAAAGUUCAGCUAGUUUAUCACGACAAAGUAGUGGUCGUCGAUCCCAGCAAUCUCAAAAACAACAACAACAACAACAACAACAGGAUUCAUCUCAAAUGCAAGGAAAAUCAAAUACAUCACGAUCUAGACCUCGCCUACAACGUCCCCGAUCGAAAUCGACAGAAUCAAGACCUCCUCAUCUCAUGGAACCAGAAGCUGAUUACUACACGGAAUAUUAUGAUGAUCGGCCGGCUCCACCACGACCUAGAUCAAGCAAUCGUCCAAGACAUCGUAGUCAUUCUGUUGAACGCUCAUAUCCUUCUUACUAUGAUUCUCCUUAUUAUUAUUAUGAUGACCAUAUGAUGGGCAAUGAAGAUGAAGACAAUGAUGAAGUCAAUGAUGAAGAUGAAGAUGAUGAAGAAGGCGAUGCUUUCGAUGAUGACUAUAUGGCUACGAAUUAUAGAUAUCCUCCACCAUUCCGAUAUGACAGUUUCCCUCCUCGACCUCGAAGAAUCCGUCGCCAGCCUAUGUCUCAUUCACCCUACAUACAGCCCAUGCCUUUUGCUCCUACUUAUCCUCCACCUAUGCGAUACAAUAACCAUCCUCCUCCUCAUCAUCAUCGAUCACGACCUUCUCGUAGGGAACAAGGUACUUUUUAUGGAUUUGACAACCCAGCUCCUUCUUAUUAUCCACCCAUGCCACCUCCCUCUCUUCGACGACGACAACAACAACAAGUCCACCCUGGCUUAUUACCCAUGGAUGACUGGCAAUCCACUUCUCUUCCAUCUUCUUUUAGUCGAUACCCUCCAUCGAUACCUCCUUUUAUUCGAAUGGAAGAUCCAUCAAGAAGACCUGGAACCUCUUAUUGGCGUGCUCGUCCUCCUUCUGAAUAUGCCAUGUAGUUUAUAUUAUUAUUAUUUAGUUUAUAUGAUACUUCAUAACAAAGAAAAGAAAAAUUGAAAUAAACUUGAUCACUCUAUCUUCUUUUUUUUU